AUCACAUCCGGGUGGAGGGUCGGGCAUGGCGGUGCCCCUGGAGCUGUUCUGCUGGAAGGGAGACUGGGGGCUGCCGUCGGUCGACAUCGAGAGCUUGACGGUGCUGGCUUAUGCCCGAUUUUCCGGAGCCCCCGUGAGAGUACACAAGCUGAGUAAUCCCUGGAGGAGUCCCUUGGGGGUUUUACCGGCCUUAAAGACCGAGAAUGAUGUGCUGUCCCAGCCUCUGCAGAUCCUUGCGUACCUCAGGAAACAGAAGUAUAACGUAGACUAUGGGCUGUCGGCAACGCAAGGUGCCGACACGAUGGCUUUCAGCUCCCUCAUCGAGGAGAAGUUACUUCCGGCACUGAUCUACACAUUUUGGGUGGACUCGAAGAACUACGUGUCGUUCACGCGGCCCUGGUAUGGAGAGGCCAUCCCGUUCCCACUCAAUUUCUUCCUCCCAAACCGUAUGCACACCCGCAGUCUGGAACGUCUCCGUCUCAUCAGAGGGGGCUGCUGGCCGGAGAGCGAGGAGGCUGAGGCUGAGGCUGAGAUCUACAAGGAUGCCCGUGAGUGUCUGACGCUCCUGUCCCAGCGACUGGGCUCCAGCAAGUUCUUCUUCGGCGAUUCCCCCAGCUCCUUGGACGCAAUAGUGUUUGGCCAUUUGGCACCCCUACUGAAGGCAAAACUCCCCAACGGCAAGUUGCAACAGCACCUGCACUCACUGGACAACCUCUGCUCCCUUUGCACCUCCAUCCUUGGCCUCUACUUCCCUGACGACGGCUCAGACCCCCAGAACAGCUUCAGGAAGACGUCCCGGAAUAGCCCGGCAGACUCCGACGAAGACCCCCACAAGAGGCGCAACCAGAUCCUGUCGGUGCUAGUGGGGCUCUCGGCCAUGCUGGGAUAUGCCUUCCUCAGUGGGAUCCUCUCCAUCCAGCGGGUGUCUCCCCAGAACGCGCUCAGGCAGCAGCCUCCCCUGGAGGACGAGGAGGAGGGGGAGUGAGGUGGCUACGGGCAGGUGGUGAGAAGGAUGCCCUGUCACUGCCUACACUGUCCUGGGCAUAAUGCCAGUGGUCCGGCUCAAACUCCGAUUGUCGGUAUAUUUACGGGAUACAAUAUUAUUUGGAGGUUCAAUCAUUUGGUAAGCUCAGGGUCUUAAAUUCUUCUGCCACAGUUCAUAGAACAGGACCGUUGGCCCACGAUGUUGUACCGAAUUUAUAACUACUCCACAAUCAAUCUAACCCUUCCCGCCCACAUGGGCCACCAUUGUUCUAUCAUUCACGUGCUUAAGUCUCCUAAAUGCCCCUAAUGUAUCUGCCUCGCCCACCGCCCCAUGCACCCACUACUCCGUGUAAAGAGAAACCUACCCCUGCCGUCACCACCCCCCCAUAAAGCGUUUAGACUGUCAACAGUUUGCAGAGUCACAUGGACUGACUGAGCUCAAAUCCUCCUGCAUGCAGCCGGUGUACCGGUGUGGUAUCCUGGAUGGGUGAGGGCAUUUGGGGCAGGUGAUGAUGAUGUUCAACCCUGCGGCCCCCCCAGCAGGGGGGAAAUGCUACAGGUUUAGCUGAAUCGGGUUGCUAAGGGAGAGUUAUCCCAGUACCACUCAGCCCCCGAGCCUCGUACGUGGGCCAGGGUAGACGUAUCUGCGGUGCCUACACACCCUGCUGCUGGUCGGAGGCCGCCAGCACAGAACGACGCAUUUACACGAGGGCGAGGAGGGAGUCGGCAGGCAGCGAAUGUACAGGGACGUUGCAGAGUGUGGACAAUGUAUUUGGAGUGAUGGGAAUUAAAACACCUACUGUUUACUGAGCCGA